AUGAAUAAGACAACCACCGCGGCGAACAUGCACGCCAUCCAAAACGCGCUCGCCAACUACGAUACCUCCUUUCUUUCGGACGACGAAGAAGACUAUUGCCCACUGUGUAUCGAAACACUCGAUAUCACCGAUAAAAACUUCAAACCGUGCCCCUGCGGCUACCAAAUAUGUCAGUUCUGCUACAACAAUAUCCGCCAGAACCCAGAGCUGAAUGGGCGCUGCCCCGCGUGUCGCCGCAAAUACGACGACGAGAGCGUCGAGUACAUCGUGCUCACGCCCGAGGAGAUGAAGCUCGAGCAAGCCAAACAGGUAAGGAAAGAAAAGGAGCGCAAGCUGCGCGACAAGGAGCGCAAGGAGAACGAGUUCGCGAACCGCAAGCAUCUGGCAGGCAUGCGUGUUAUCCAGAAGAACCUAGUAUAUGUAGUGGGUCUGAAUCCACCUGUCCCCUACGAAGACGUUGCGGCGCUGCUGAAGUCCGACAGGUACUUCGGUCAGUAUGGAAAAAUCAACAAGAUUGUGGUUAACAAGAAGACUGCGCACAACGACCACCACAGCGGCCCUGCCUCUGGGAGCCACGGCCACCACACAGGGUACGGCAUCUACGUCACCUUCGCCAAAAAGGACGACGCCGCCCGGUGCAUCGCAGCAGUAGACGGCACGUACCUAGACGGGCGAAUUGUGAAAGCUGCGUACGGUACCACCAAGUACUGUUCGUCGUACCUCAGGGGCCAGAGCUGCCCCAACCCCAAUUGCAUGUUCUUGCACGAGCCGGGAGAGGAGGCCGACUCCUUCAACAGGCGUGAGCUCACCAACAAGCAGCACGAUCACUCAGCUUUCAAACAACUGGGCGGCAGCAGUUCCAGCCUGCCGUCCAACAAGGCUGCCGCCAGUGCUAUUGUACCUCCAUCAGCGUCUCCUGCUCCCUCGCCUCUGCCAAUCAAGACGCAUUUGAACAGCAGUCACAACCAGGAAGAGAUCUCGUCGUCAUCAUCAACCUCGGCCGCGCACACGCCUGUGUUGACGCCGGCUCUCGUGCCAAGCGGGUCCAAUCCGUGGGGUGUCAACUCAGCGGCAGCUCCGUCCUUCUCUUCCGCUGCCGCCAAAACAACUACCUCAUCCGCGUUCCCUACUCUCGGCGAAGCCACUCUUGCUCAGUCGAUGGCCGCAUUGUCAACCAAAGACUCGGGUGCUGGUACCGCCCACAGCAGCACAAAGAGCAACAAAAAGAACCUUGAGAAGAAAUACAUUGAUCCCUACGAUCCCUUGUCGAGCGCUGUCAGGUUCAUUGAUGAUACUAUCAAGUUUUUGUCGGAGUACAGAAAUUGUCACUUCAAACUGAGAUCCAAUGUCAUCGACGAGGAAACCUACAAAUCGUAUCCAUCUCUUUUCUCUUUUGAAAACGUUCCGGUAUCCAAGACCUCUGACAACACUCUGAGCAGAAAGCUGGUUGACAUGCUUGCUAUCAAGCCUGUCGACCAUUCUGCCUCAGUGCUGCCCUACUUGCAAGCCACACCACAGGCCGACCCACUUGUCCUACACCAGCUACAACAACAGCAACAACAGCAGCAACUUUUGCUUGCUAAACAACAGCAGCAGUUGCAGCAACAGGUUCAGACUCACCAACAAACACAGCAGCCCACCCCACCUGGCAUGACCCCACAGCUCCUCCAUGCCCAGCUUCAACAACAGAGAGCAGUUAACACUCCACCACCCCCUGGCAUAUUCUCCCCUUCCAACCCUCCCACUAGCGCGAACCAAGUCCCAGUGACUGGCAGCAAUUCAUCAGAUCUGCUAAACCAACUAAUUAACGGGAAGAGAAUCUCCACCAGCAGUUAA